GGCGGCGCACGCUCGGAGGUGGCUGCGGCGGCGGGGCGGAGCCGCGCGGCAGCGGCAGCGGCGGACGGCGCCCCGGGAAGGCCCCCGCGCUCCCCUCGGUGUCUCGCAGGAACCCCGGGGAGGUCCUCGUGCCCGAGGACUUCUGCGCGAGCCAUGGGCGGCGUCGGGGAGCCCGGCGGGGGACCGGGGCCGCGCGAGGGCCCCGCGCAGCUGGGGGCGCCGCUGCCCGCCUUUCGCUGGGAACAGAUCCGCCCGCACAACCUGCCGGGCGACAAGUGGCUGGUCAUCGAGCGCCGCGUCUACGACAUCAGCCGCUGGGCGCAGCGGCACCCGGGAGGCAGCCGCCUCAUCGGCCACCACGGCGCUGAGGACGCCACGGAUGCCUUCCACGCCUUCCACCAGGACCUCAACUUUGUGCGCAAGUUCCUGCAGCCCCUGCUGAUCGGAGAGCUGGCCCCAGAGGAGCCCAGCCAGGACGGACCCCGGAAUGCCCAGCUGGUCGAGGACUUUCGAGCCCUGCGUCAGGCAGCCAAGGACAUGAAGCUGUUUGAGGCCAACCUGACCUUCUUCGCGCUCGUGCUGGGCCACAUCCUGGCCAUGGAGGUGCUCGCCUGGCUCAUCAUCUACUUCCUGGGCCCCGGCUGGGUGCCGAGCACUGUCACCGCCCUCAUCCUGGCCAUCUCCCAGUCUCAGACCUGGUGCCUGCAGCACGACCUGGGCCACACGUCCGUCUUCAGGAAGUCCUGGUGGAACCACCUGGGCCAGCAGUUCGUGAUGGGGCAGCUGAAGGGCUUCUCUGCCCACUGGUGGAACUUCCGACAUUUUCAGCACCACGCCAAGCCCAACAUCUUCCACAAAGACCCAGAUGUGACCUUGGCGCCCAUCUUCCUCUUGGGGGAGUCAUCUGUUGAGUACGGCAGGAAGAAACGCAGAUACUUACCCUACAACCACCAGCACCUGUACUUCUUCCUGAUUGGCCCACCGCUGCUCACCCUGGUGAACUUUGAGGUGGAGAACCUGGCCUACAUGCUGAUGUGCAUGCAGUGGAGGGACUUGCUCUGGGCCGCCAGCUUCUACACCCGCUUCUUCUUGUCGUACAUCCCCUUCUACAGUGUGUCCGGGGUGCUGCUCCUCUUCGUGGCUGUCAGGGUCCUGGAGAGCCACUGGUUCGUGUGGGUCACGCAGAUGAACCAUAUCCCCAAGGAGAUCGGCCAUGAGAAGCACCGGGACUGGACCAGCUCUCAGCUGGCAGCCACCUGCAACGUGGAGCCCUCCCUCCUCACCACCUGGUUCACUGGGCACCUCAACUUCCAGAUCGAGCAUCACCUCUUCCCCACGAUGCCCAGGCACAGCUACCACAGGGUGGCACCGCUGGUCAGGGCGCUGUGUGCCAAGCACGGCCUCACGUACGAGGUGAAGCCCUUCCUCACCGCCCUGGUGGACAUCGUUGGGUCCCUGAGGAAGUCUGGGAACAUCUGGCUGAAAGCCUACCUCCAACAGUGAAGACAGCACCCAGGGCCCCGGCACCCACAAGCCACUCGGGCAGGCUCGACAACCCCCACCUGGGCCCAGGGCCCUGCUGCCCACCGAGGCUCGCUGUCUUCCCCGGGCCCUCUGCCUGCCUUGCUUGGCAGCUGUAAGGCCACAGCUCUGGGCCCAAAGGAUGGGCGCAAGGGGAUGGUACCUAAAGCCACAGGGUGAGCACGGCCUGUUCUUCUGGAGCAAAAAUGUAGGGAACUGUUAUUUUUAUAUAAAAACAAACCCAGAUAUAUUGUGAAAUAAAGUAUUGAAC